AUGACUCAGGUGCCUGCUGACUACCUGUCAACCACCAGCUCCUACAACUAUGAGCCACCCCUGCCCUCCGUGGCUCGGGGCAGCACCCUCACCAAGGUCCCUCCAGCCAAAAAAAUAACCUUCUUCAAGAGUGGAGACCCUCAGUUUGCAGGAGUCAAGAUGGCCAUCAACCAGCGGAGCUUCAAAAGCUUCAACGCGCUCAUGGAUGACCUCUCCCACCGGGUCCCGCUGCCGUUCGGGGUCCGGACCAUCACCACCCCACGAGGAAUACACUGCAUCAGUGAGCUGGACCAGCUGGAGGAUGGAGGGUGCUACCUGUGCUCCGACAAGAAGCACGUGAAGCCCAUCAGCAUCACCUCGGGGGGACACAGGCCGGCCCCGCCGCGGAACAGUCGCCCUUCCAGCACCAUGAGGAGAGCGGCUCAGGAGGGCAAGCUGGAAGAUUAUUCCGCACCUUUCACUCACCAUGGCCCCAGAAUACCCAAGAAAAUCACUCUGGUUAAAAAUGGGGAAAGUGGAUUUCGGCGCUCCAUCAUCCUGAACCGCAGAAAUGCCCGGAGUUUCAAAACACUCCUGGAUGAGAUCACAGAGAUCCUGCAGUUCCCAGUGAAGAAGCUCUACACUAUUGAUGGGAAGAAGAUCGACAGCAUGCAGGCCCUGCUCCACUGCCCCAACGUGCUGGUGUGCGUCGGCCGGGAGCCCUUCAAACCUGUAUCCAUGGAGAAUUUGAGGAAACACUCGGUGGAGAAGCUGCCCAACCUGCCUCCCCGCUCCAACAAUGGCAACAAUGUCAACGAGAACAAUGAAAGUAAGAAAACCUCGGGGCCGUGUGGCGCAGUCUUAACAUCUUUCUCCAUCUUUUUUUUCUUCACUCCAGUGAACUUCGGACUGAAAGCCAAAAAAAGCGUUAUCCAUCCACGAUCAGCAUCCAGCAACAGGUCGAUGAGAUUUUCCUUGUCAUCAGAAAAGUCAUACCCCAAUGGCCUCCCGGCCUCUCCAGACAAUGGGGGACCCUUCUCCAAUGGCUGCUCUCACCCUAAAGCUGGGGACCUGGUCCAGUCCCUGGUCAACGAUGACAUCGAGAAGAGAGUCCAUGUGAACAAGGAUGGGAGCUUGUCCGUGGAGAUGAAGGUUCGCUUCCGUUUGCUCAAUGAUGAGACUUUGCAGUGGUCCACCCAGAUCAAAAAGUCCAACCUGAUGAACCAGCUGCCUUGUGAAGAGUCAGGAAUGGAGGAGGACAGUGGAGCAGAUCCCCUACAGAAAAUGAACCCAGAAGCCAGCUCGGAGGCAGAUGAUUCCUUGUAUCCCUGUGAUAUCGAUUCCUACAUGUCCAAACUUGAGGAAUCAGAAUAUGACGAGGCCCACUGUCACAGCUGUGGAAAGAAGCACCAGGACUAUGACAUUUGGAAGAACCCCAUGCACAUGUCCCAGAGGGAAGAGCCCAGCAUGCGAAGCACCUGGCACACGCGGUCAUCAUGCUCCAGCACAUCUUCCCGGAGGAGAGUAGUCCACAAAAAAAUGACAUCUGUGGAUAGCAUCCACACCACAUCCAGUGAGGAAUUCUCUGAGCACAUUGUGCGAGAGUCCUCAUCCUACUCAGAGACUAUAAAGAACAGAGUGGCGUAUCGAUCCGUUAAAAAGUGCGCGUGCCGAAGUGAUUUAUCUACUGGUGCUUCCAAUGGAGAACAGCAGGAAUACACUCGGACAAGCACAGGAAACAGCCAGAGGCCUUCAUCCUUGGGCUUGAUGUCACAUUCAAGCUGUGAAAACAACCUGGAUACUCAAGACAGCCCCGAAGACCAGGAGAUCACCAAAAUAAUUUCACAAAAUGAGGAGGCAAAUUGUUUCGAAGCUUCCUCUGUGAAGUGCUUGAAGGAUGACCCGGAAGAGGUUGAAAGCAGCAGAGUUGGGAGUGUCAUGUCCAGGUCAUCCCUGCAGUCCAGGCAGAGCAAGAAGAACAUGUGUGAGGAAGUGAGCAGCUUGGGCAGGAGUGUGUCCUCCUCAAGCCUUCAAAAGGAAAACCAGGGAGACAACAGCCAGUGCUUCACCCCUGCCAACAGUGUGCACAGCAAGUCCAGUAACUGCACCACACCAAAAGAAAAUGCUGAGCAGGGUAACACCUCUGAUGACAACCCAGUGGUGUCCUCUUUCUCCAGUGAGUCCUGCCCCAAGAAAGAGGCUGAAGAGGUGGAAGCAGAGCAGGAAGAAAGUGAGGUCAAUGAAGUCAGCUCAGUGUCAGCAAAAACAAAGCCAAGUCAAUCAAUCAGGGAUGAGAGCAGUGAAGGGGAACGAUGCUCUACGCAAGGAACCCACCGUUCCAAGGCUAGUGACAGGAACAGCAAGAAAAGUGGCAGUGAGGAGAAUGUUCCAUGCAGUGUCUCUUGCUCUUCCAGAGGGUCCAAAAAGAGCAAACGCAGCCACAUUCAUUUGGAUGCACAGUCUGAAAUAUCUGUGUCUUCACUUGAAUCCACUCCAAAUAAAAAGAAUUCCCUACAUGCAUAUGAUGCAAGAUCAGGCAGCAGGGCAUCAAUAUACUCCAAAAGCUCAUGUGAAAUCAAGAAAAAAUCUGCUGGAGAUGCCAUGUCUCAUAAGACAGGAUCUCUUCACUCAAACAUUUCAUCUACCAGUGAACCAGAGACAACUGCAGGUCCUGCUGAGGAAGAGACCUCAAAAAGUACUGCCAACAGCUACAGUGAAUGCUCAAAAAGCUCAAAGAAAAGAAGCCAUAAAGAAGAAAACAGCAAGCCAUCAUCCCUCUGCUCAAGUGUUUCAAGUCCUAAUGGAAAAUCUGGAAAGGGUCAUGCCAAGAUUAGUUCUGAACCCUCUUCUUCAAAACAGGGAAGCAUGAGUGGGAGUGUAUGUUCAAAAGUUGACCACCCAAGUGAGGAUGGGAUUAGGAAUGGAAAACCCACAAGUAGCUCCUCAAGAGUCUCUUCAAAGUCAGAAAUAAAAGAUAAAUGCCUGUUGACCCAGAUAUCCCAGGAAACUGAUGAUAGGUAUUCACAAUCAAACAUGUCUCUGUCUUCAAAAUCAAGACAGACAAACAAAAACAACCUUUGUGUGAAAGUGUCAAACUCCAGCCGGGCAUCGGUGUCGGAGACUAUGUCAGUGUGCAGUCUGCAAUGCCCUGCCCCACCAAAAGGGAAGCCAAAGAGAAAGAAUAUCCGUUCAACCAUUUUGAAGAAUUCCUCCAUUAGCAGCUUCGGCACUGAGUCCGUGCUGACUGCAGGAAGAGAGCAGAAAGAAAUUGUGGAUUCCUCCAAAGCAACUUCCUACGGCUCUAAAUCCGCUGCAACCGAAGGAAAAUGUCAGAAUAAUAAAGAGAUUGAUGACUCUUGCAACAAAAAAACAGAGGAAGAGGUAGAAGAUGCAGGUGUUCAGGAGGAAGGAGGUGAUUUAAUGCCAUCAGCUCUACCAAAUACAUCUCCAGAAGAAGUUGUGCAAGAGUGGCUCAGGAAAAUCCCUUCAGAAACAUUGCUUAUGAAAUAUGAAAUGGAGGAUGAUGGAGAAGAGGAAAAUGCAGAGUCGAUCACUGAGGUAUCACACUGUACAAAUGCCGAGGAAACCCCGGAGGAAGAAAAAGCUGAGGAGAAGAAUGAGGAGGAGGAGGCUGAAAAGGAUGAAGCAAAGGAUGAAGCAAAGGAUGAAGCAAAGGAUGAAGCAAAUGAUGAAGUGGAAGAAGAGAAAGCAGAAGACACAGCAGUUAUUGAAGAGGCUGAAGAAUGCAUCAAACAGGAAGAAACCUCUGAGGCCGCACCUGAAGCUGCUGAGGCUGAGCAAGCAGAAUGCAACAAGUCAGUUACAUCCAGCCAAAACAACAACAAAAGAGACCUGCCAACCUCUGUCCAAACGUCUGUCCAGAUCAUGAAGGCCUUGCUCAGUUCAAAGCAUGAGACCAAAUUUGACCGAUCAAACAGUUUGCCCGAAGUGUCCCCCACGAUGGGGAGGAAACUGAGUAACUCCGCCAACAUUUUGAUUACUUGUCUUGCCAGCCUCCAACUCCUUGAUGAAGAGUCAGAGGAUCCAUCAGAAAACUCAAAACAUUUGAAUAAGUCAAGGUACACAGAGCUGCUAAAUAUUUUUCAAGCCUUGUGGUUUGGGUGCACCGCUGAAAGGAGCGGCCCAAGUUCAGGCCAAGAGGUGAGCAAGGUGGCAAAGCCAGUGUCUGGGUCUAAAGUCCCAAAAUCCAUGGAUCACGCCUUCACUGCCAUGUCCUCCUCUGGGGUUGAUGUUUGCAGUUGCUCUGGUGGCUCAGGAGAAGAAUGCACAGCUGGUGCCACGCUGGUGGCACAGAAAACUAUGGAAUGCAAAUCAGCCGAGCAAAUGGAAAAUGCAGAGACUGGCACAGAACUGACUGAGGUUGAGGAGCAAAGUAAAGAGGAAGAGCAGCUAUCCCGCCCUUCCACAGCCUGCUCAGAGGCAAAAGGUGAGGAAAAGGCAGUGUCUGCUAGAGAGGAGUCUGUAAUCCUGGAGGAAGAAGAGAAUAAGGAGGAUCAGUGCAGUAACUGUGAGCAUGGUCAAGAGGAAGGGGGAGAAAAUGAAAAUGAAGAAGAAAACAAAUUAGCUGAAACUGGAGAACAAGAAGCUGAAGCUCUAAAUGAUGAAGUCCCACAAGAAAACCUUGAAGAAGCUGACCAGCCAGAGGCCACUGGUGAUGCCAAUGUUGGUGAUGCUGAUGUUGGGAUGGAGCUGAAAGAGGAGUUGGAGGAGCAGCCCCCAGAAGAGUCACCAAAUGACCCCGAGCCCAAAGUCAAUACAUCCACCAGUGUGGGCACAUCCCUUGUCCAGCAAAACUCUGUGGAUCCAGACCCAACCUGGGUCCUGAGACUACUCAAGAAAAUUGAGAAGGAGUUCAUGGCUCACUAUGUCAAUGCCAUGAACGAGUUUAAAGUCAGGUGGAACCUGCAGGACAACCAGCAGAUGGAUGCAAUGAUACUGGAGCUGAAGGAGGAAGUGAGCAAGAGGAUACAAAAGAGCAUAGAGAAGGAGUUGAGGAAGAUCAGAAGCAGGGCUGGAAGGAGGAUGCCAAGACCUCCAGAGGGGCCACCCACACGUGAGUCCAAACUCCAAACUGAGCAGAGGAGAUGGAGACUGCAAACUAUGCAUAAAAAGUCCCUCUUUGGGGACAAGAAUGGUGCCCAGAUGAGGCUGGAGGAGACAUCAGACUUAUCAUUCGAUGUAGAUAAUGACUUUAACCUUAGUGCAGCUUUGGAGGACAGCAUUAGCAAACAAUCCAGUGAGGAGGAAUACUGUCCAUGUGACUCUUGUGUGAGGAAAAAACUGGCUUCCAGGCCUGCCAGAGCCCCUGUGGUGGCCACCAAUGCCCCAGUCAUGAAAGCCUUUGAUUUGCAGAAAAUCCUGAGGCUGAAGAAAGAUGGUGAUGAGGAAGCCAUCGUUGCAGAAGCAGCCCAGGACACCAAAACACUUCCCAAUGGUUCUGUGGAGGAAGGGGCAGAAAAUGAGGAGAAGAAUGAGGAGCAACAUCAGACAGGUGAAACAGAAGCAGAGGAUGAUGAAGAAAAAGAGCCAGAAUUAAAUGAGGAUGAUGGAACAACAUUGAAUGGAGAUGGAGAAGAGCCUGAAGUAGCAGAGAGUCAAAACACUGAAAUGGAGGAUGAGGCCAAAACUGAAGAAACCAAAGAAGAAGAAGCAGAAGAAGGAGGGGAAGAAACAAAAGGAGAAGAAGAAGAAGUGGAAGAAAAAGAGGAGGAGGAAGAGAAAGAGGAAGAAGAAAUGGCUAAGGCUGAAGAAGAGGAGGAAAUAAAAGAGGAGGAGGGUGAAACUAAAGAAGAAGAGGAGGAAGUGAAAGAGGAAGAAGCAGAGGAUACUAAGGAAGAAGAGGAACUAAAUGAAGAGGAAGAGAAGGAAACAGAAGAAGAGGGAGUGAAGGAGGAGGAAGAAACAAAGGAGGAGGAAGGGAAGGACGAAGAGGAAGAAGGAAAGGAAGAAGAAGAAGGGAAAGAGGAAGGGAAGGAAGGAGAGGAGGAAGAGGAAGAAGCAGAAGAGGAGGAGGAAGGGAAAGAAGAAGAUGAAGAAGCCAAAGUGGAGGGGGAAGAAGCAAAAGAGGAAGAGGAGGAGGAGGAAGAAAAAGAGGAAGAGAAAGAGGAAGAAGCCAAAGAGGAGGAAGAGGAAGGGAAGGAAGAAGAUGAAGAAGCCAAAGUGGAGGGGGAAGAAGCAAAAGAGGAAGAGGAGGAGGAGGAAGAAAAAGAGGAAGAAGCCAAAGAGGAGGAAGAAGAAGAAGAAGAAAAAGAGGAAGAGGAGGAGGAGGAAACAAAAGAAGAUGAAGGAAAGAAGGAAGAAGAAGAAGUGAAAGAAAAGGCAGAAAGGGAGGAAGUAGAGGAGGGAGAUGAAGAAGCACAAGAAGAGGAAGAAGCCAAGGAAGGAGAGGAGGAAGGGAAGGAAGAAGAUGAAGAAGAAAAAGAGGAAGAGGAGGAAACAAAAGAAGAGGAAGGAAAGAAGGAAGAAGAAGAAGCGAAAGAAAAGGCAGAAAGGGAGGAAGAAGUAGAGGAGGGAGAUGAAGAAGCACAAGAAGAGGAAGAAGCCAAGGAAGGAGAGGAGGAAGCAAAAGAAGAAGAAGAAGAGGAGGAAGAAGAAGCAAAAGAGGAAGAGGAAGAAGCCAAAGAGGAGGAAGAAGAAGAAGGGAAGGAGGAGGAGGAAGGGAAGGAGGAGGAGGAAGAGGAAGAAGCCAAAGAGGAGGAGGAAGAAGAAGGGAAGGAGGAGGAGGAAGGGAAGGAGGAAGAGGAAGAAGCCAAAGAGGAGGAGGAAGAAGUAAAGGAGGUAGAGGAAGAAGCAAAAGAAGAGGAGGAGGAGGAAGGAAAGGAGGAAGAAGCAAAAGAGGAGGAAGAUGUGAAAGAGGAGGAAGCAGAAGAGGAAGAAGAACAAAAAGAGGAAGAAGAAACAAAAGAGGAGGAAGGGAAGGAGGAAGAGGAAGAAGGAACAAAGGAAGAUGAGGAAGAAAAGGAAGAUGAUGGUGAAAUAAAAGAGGAGCCAGAAGCGGAAGAAGAAGAAAACCCAAAAGAGGAGGAAGAAGAAGAAGCAAAAGAGGAAAAAGAGGGAGAAGAAGAGGAGGAAGAAACAAAGGAGGAGGAGGAGGAAGAAAAAGAGGGAGAGGUAGAAGAAGAAGAAGAAGCUCAAAAUGAAGAGCAAGAAGCUGAAGAAAAGUCUGAAGGUGAAGAUGCAGGUGAAAAUGAAGCUGAAGAAACAGAGGAGCCAGAGGAUGAGGAAGUUGUGGCUGAUGAUGAAGCAGACACGUCAGAAUGCAAAGGAGAUGCUGAGGGUUCUGGAACUGACAAUAAUCCUGAAGGAGAUGAUGCGGAAGGAAAUGAAGAAGUUGAGCAAGAUGAAGCUGAGGCAGAAGAAGAUGCAAAACCAGAGUCAGGCGAUGAGGCUGAGGAGAAAAGCAGUGAAAGAGGUGAGAAUCCUGACGAGAAUGAUGAGGAACCCACCGGUGAUGACCCUGACAAUGCACAUGAAAAACAUGAAGGCCAAGGCAACAACAAAGUUUCUGAGAAAGCCUCAAAGACCAAAGGCAAGAGAACCAACAAAAAAUUAGAGACUCUGAAAAAAUCCACAGCCUUUUCUUGUUAUUCUUCUGUCGGAAACUUCUCACAGCAAUCCCAGAAGGGGUCUGAUGAUGAAGAGGAAAGAGUAGAUGAAGAGGAAGGAGUAGUUGAAGAGGAAGGAAUAGUUGAAGAGGAAGCAGUUGAAGAGGAAUGCAAAGGUGAUGAUAACCCCACUAGUGACCACCCAAAUGGAGAGAUUCGAAGUGAUGAGAGCUCCAAACCCUCUCAGAUGUAUCCUGACAGUGAGGAAGAAGAGGACAAAGAAUCUUCAGGUUCUGAUCCUGUGGGAGAUGAGGAGCAGCCAGAUGCUGAAGGUGCAGAUCCAAAGGAGGCUGAAAACACUGAGGAAGUUCAGGCUUCUAAAAAGAAAGAAAACUCUGAUGAGAUUGAUCAAGAUGACCUGGACUUCUAGAGCUGCUGACUAAAAACUGACUUUUUCUUUCUUUCUUCCUUUCUUUCUUUUUUAAAAGUAUAUUUUCAUUACAUAUUUCAGUAUCUUUGGUGAGUUGAGCCCUCAUAAUCGGCUUUUCUUCUGAUCUGAAUGUGGUAAACUCAAUCUUGAAUCCUGUGAGUAAUGUUGCAAUUACCUGCCCUCAUUUCUAGAGGGCUAGUAGCUCAUUAAUAGCCUGCGGUCUCAAUAGAUAAGUGGUUUGGGGAAAGGGAAGGCUGUUUUGUUUGGGAUACCUUCUAGCUCCCACCCUUUAAGCCAUGCUGUUUGCUGCUGGAGUGAUCUGUGGCUCUGCUGGGCAUCAUCUCUGUGUGACUUUGGGAUGCCUUUCACUUGCUGCAUGCCAUUUUCCUGGAGAGAUUGCCAAUCCACAGAAACAUGACAAAAUCAGGAUUCAUUGCCAAAGUCUGGUCAGA